GCCUUCAACACAACCUGACCUGCAGUCCUGAGGGACAAGCUGGAGUCUAUCUGUGUGGACCAUCACCUGGCAUCGUGGAUUUUGGACUACCUCACAAGCAGACCACAGUAUGUGAGAACUCAGGGCUGUGUGUCGGACAGGAUCAUCUGCAGUCCAGGGGCCCCACAAGGAACGGUCCUGGAAUCAUUCCUCUUCACCGGCUACACUUCAGACUUUUCAUACAACUCCACCAACUUUUCCCUACAAAAGUUCUCGGAUGACUCCACAACUGUCGGCCUCAUCACUGCUGGUGACGAYAGGGAGUACCGAGAACUGGCUGAGGACUUUGUGGACUGGUGCAAGCUGAACCACCUCCACAGCAAUACUGGAAAAACAAAGGAGCUGGUGGUUGACUCCUGCAGGCGGAAACACCCUCCUUUAGGACCACUAACCAUCAACGGUAUGGACAUUGAGGCUGUGGACAACUACAAAUAUCUUAGGAUACAUCUGAACAAUAAACUGGACUAAUAAUAACACUAAUGUGAUCAACAAAAAAUGACAGAGCAGGCUGUACCUGCUGAGGAGGCUCAGGUCUUUUAGGGUGCGGGGGCCACUCCUUAGGACUUUUCAUGACUCUGUGGUGACAUCAGCCAUCAUUUUUGGGUGUGGUCUGCUGGGGCAGCAGCAUCACUGCUGCAGACAGGACGAGACUGAAGAGGGCUGGCUCUGUCCUGGGAUGCCCUCUUGACCCUGUGGAGGUGGUAACGAACAGGAGAACGGUGGCUAAGUUGUCAUCCCUGUUGAACAACAUCUCCCACCCCAUGAUGGGGACUCUGACAACACUGAGCUGCUCCUUCAGUGGCAGGCUGCUGCAUCCACCAUGUGGGAAGGAGAGAUUCAGAAGGGCCUUCCUUCCAACUGCUGUGAGACUCUAUAACAGAGCCCAUGCAGCUGAUCACUCAGACAUAAACAACAUGUUCCGAGUGAACUUCUCAGGUUUAUGUGCAAUAUAGUUUUGUGAAGUGCAAUUGUUAUGACAUGUACAUGUGUGUAAAGAUAUGUAUGUAUGUGCAUGUACAGUGGGUAAAAUAAAUAUUGAACAAGUCAACAUUUUUCUCAGUAAAUAUAUUACUAGAGGUG